GAGACAGAGAGAGCGAGUACGGGAGAGAGAGAUUGUGUACUUAAUUAAAAAAGGAUAGUGAGACGAAUUCAGCCUCUUGCUCUCAGCUUCCCACCGUCUCACCCAGACGACAGAGAGAAAAUAACACCGCGGGAGGGGAGGAAAACGUACAGGAUCUCAGGCUGAUGCAUCCGUGCCUCAACAUCCAUUUCACAGAGAUUACAGUCAGUAGCAGGGGAGACGGCACGCAUUUCUCCCAGAAACGCGGUGGUCUUACUGAGAAUCGGACAGACGUUUUCUCCCUGCUUUAGUGGCAAUACAUCUGUUUAUCAGGAGCAGAGGCAGAUCACGACACUGAAGGAAUAUAUCCCAUCGCGUUAAGUUUUUUUCCUGGAAGUUGCGCAGUGAGAGAAAGAAAGAAAACAAACAAACAUGGGAAUGUGUGGCUAUCUGGCAGUACCUGGGAAAUUCCUGGUCGUCCUCGGACUUAAAUUGCUAUUCCUUGUACCCGCAGGAGUUCCAGCCAGGAGCGGCGAUUCUGCACUGAAGGACAACAUCACCGUGAAGCAGGGGGACAGCGCCGUGUUAAAAUGCAGUGUUGACAGCAAAGUCUCUCGAGUGGCUUGGCUCAACCGCACCACCAUUCUGUUUGCAGGGAGGGAGAAGUGGUCUUUGGAUCCUCGUGUCAUUCUGAUGGAAAACACUGCCAUCACAGAGUACAGCAUCAAGAUCCAAAAUGUUAACAUUCAUGACGAGGGACCUUAUGUCUGUUCCAUUCUGACCAACAAGAAACCAAAAUCCACAAAAGUGCAUCUCAUUGUACAAGUACCUGCCAAGAUAACUAAUAUAUCGAAGGACGUCACCGUGAACGAGGGCAGCAACGUCAAUCUGAUGUGCCAGGCGGUGGGACGACCUGAGGCCAGCGUUACAUGGCGGCAUCACUCACCAAGGGGACCAAAGUGCAGAGAAGGAGACGCCAGGAGCCAGAUGAAUGAAGGUGGCCAUAAAUUUGUGACAGAGGGGGAACAUUUGGAGCUGAUCUCCAUCACCAAAGAGCAGUCGGGAACUUAUGAGUGUAUUGCCUCUAAUGACAUCUCCAGCUCUGACAUGAGGAUAGUGCAAGUCACAGUCAACUACCCUCCCUUCAUUUUAAAGGCAAGGAGUACAGGCACUCCAAUUGGACAAAGAGGAAUUCUGCAGUGUGAAGCCUCUGCCAUUCCUAGGGCAGAGUUUGAGUGGUACAAAGAAGACCGCAGGCUUCUCAAUGGAAUAAAUGGUCUUAAGAUAGAGACUCAAGGUAAACAGUCAAUGCUCAUUUUCUUCAAUGUGUCAGAAGAAGACUAUGGAAACUACACAUGUGUUGCCAUGAACAUGAUGGGAAUCACUAAUGCCAGCAUAAUUUUUUAUGGUCCGGGUGCAAUGCAUGAUGUAAACGGAAUGCCCUUCUUCCCCUGUUGCUCCUUUUGCCUCCUGCUGACUAUAACCUUGUUCCACCUGCUCAAGUUCUGAUGAAAAAUGUGACCUUCACUUCAAGCUUCUCGCAGCACUGAACAGCAAGAACAGACGAUUUAGUCCUAUGAGAAGAACAUGAAACCAAGAAUGCCAUUGGUUCACUCUUUGUGCUCUUUCUAAUUUCCUUUGACUUUACGUCAGAGUCUGUUCUCUGUUGGUUUACCAAGAGUGCAAGGCAACUAUGGAAAGAAGGGAAAAGUUUAAACAUGCACUAAUUUGGCGAUGGUAGAACUACAGAGCUUGUGUCCCCAAACCUUUUUGUAUGUGAAAUAGGAAAAAAAAAGAAAAAAAAAUGUGCGUUACCAUUGAUAGUUGACUGUUUAUUGCCCAAUAUUGAAGUGUAAAUUCAGAUUAAUUCUAUUAUUGUGUGACAUCUGUUCAAUAUCUGUACAGUACCAGUAAGCUUUUUUAAGUCAAUGACAAAAAAGGAAAUAAUGCAAUGUGAUUGUUGAAUUUCACUGUAUUUUUACAGUUGUAUGCAAAACAAUAAAACUGGUCCUUCAAGAUGAUCAGUUAAGAAUAUUGAAGAAUACACCUUAAUUUCUCAGGCAAAGUCCUAUAGCAUAGUGCAUCCUCAUUUUACCUUUAUCAUAGUGUGUGUAGAAAAUGUACAAAGUGAACAGUUAACUCUUGCACUCAGACUCAUCACAGAGUCAUAGCAGCUUCAAGGAUUAUUCAUACUGACAAUCUGAAUUCAGAUUCAUGCACCUCAUUCAUGUGAGUUUUACUUCAAAACAAAAAUAUUAGUAAGGAUGAUGUUUUGGUCUCCACACUGUCAGAGUGAUCUGCUCACAGCUGAUGGCUGUUUGACAGCAUUCAGGCUCUGUUUUGAUUACCUCAAUAUAGUGUACCAGCUUGUUACUUAUUGGUAUUCUUAUGAAGUGCUUCAGUUAUUUAUAGUCAUUUGUAUUUAUAAUUUCGAAACCAUUUUUUUUUUCUUUGUACUCUAAAGUCAUAGUUGAAAAUAAACACAUUUAAUCCAUAGCUGCUUAGACAGCCACAGUGGU